UGUUGAUGUUACGUGUAGGAAUUGCAGUCGUCUUGACAGCCGGGUAGCCGGGUGGCUAGUUAACCCCAAACAGUAAGUCGGUAUCAGAAGGAGGGUGUUCCUUUCACCUGCCUAGACCCAAGACUUACCAGGAGGAGGGUCAGAGGGUCUCGGGGAGAUAUCCAGCCUUGUAUCUCCAGGAUGUAAAUAGAUGGUGCGCCACAGCCGCCGGAAAUAGUCUUGAAGACCUACGUGACACCCAUUUUUCGUCAUGCACCUGCAGUACGAGCUCCUUGUGCCCCUCAUUGUCCUCGUUCUACAGAUAGGCCGACAGGUGGCUGCCGAUUUACAAGGCUACGAAACCGUGGAGGUGGCAGUGAGAAAGCCCUUGUUUUGCUACGACUGCUACGAGAUGGAAAAGAACUGCCAGACUCUGGCCAAUCUGACCGCCAUCAAGGUGACCAAGUGCAGGGACUACGAACGAUUUUGUAAGGUUCGCCGUAUCAACAACCGUAAGUCUCAGACAGUGUUCGAGCGCACCUGCAGUCCUGACUGCACACCCGGAUGUACCACCAUGUUGUUCCGGACUCGGUGCGUCUCCUGCUGCACAACAGACAAGUGUAACAGCGACAACACAGCACAACGCCAUUACGUCACGUGGCACGGGACACUCACAGCUGCGUUAAUUGUUUUAAUGACAACUGUCAUGUGAUCUGGCUGUAGAUAGACUGGAUCUGACUGUUUCUGAAAAUCUAAUGGGAUUGUUAUUUUCGUUAAAUAUUUGUUUCCUUGAACAAAAUCAUGCAUAUACCAAAAAUCUGAAAUUGUUGAAAAACAUUUCAUUGUGAUCAAACCGUAUAUUUACAAUCAUAAUACGCUUCAGAAUAGGAA